AGUCAUAGUACUAUGUAUACUAGUUUUCGCAAUAAUAUGUAAUCCUUCGUGCUUUAUAGACUUAGAAAAACAUUUUUUACAACUCAUAGCAUUUCCUGACUAUCUAACAAGGCUGACAGCGUUACAGACUUCAUGGCAUGGAACAGAUUAUAGACCACAGGAACAUACUCCCUUUCUUCGCUUUCUGACUCGUAAAAAGGACAGAAAAUGAUCAGCUUACUGCACUCUGUGGAUCGAGUCGUUGUUUUCUGAGCAGUAUUAAACGCCGUUAUGACUAAUUGUAAUUCUGUCACCAUCUUCUAAAAGAUGGGCGUAAGUCAAUCGGCAAGUUCGAAAGAAGCAGCUAGGUCUGCCUGCUGCGGUGGAGGGGGUACUAUGGACGAUCAGGCUCCUGGUACAAGGCAAGAUCCUUUUAUUAAGGGCAGGUUAGAGACUGUGGACGAUCAGGCUGCUGGUACAAGGCAAGAUCCUUUUAUUAAGGGUAGGUUAGAGACUAUGGAAAUGGACGAUCAAGCUCCUGGUACAAGGCAAGAUCCUUUUAUUAAGGGUAGGUUAGAGACUGUGGACGAUCAGGCUGCUGGUACAAGACAAGAUCCUUCAAGUUCCAAGGGGGUAAGCGCAGCUGAGGCUACUGCCUUGUGUACCACCGUAAAAAAAAACGGACUUGGCGAGACAGGGGAUCCUGUUUUUAGUAAUAUGAUUGCGUUUGCUUCCGAGGAUGAGGGCCUACCCGCCUUUGAGGUCGAGAUAUCCAACAGACUCAGCGCCGAGAUAUAUCGGGUGCAUGUUCCAGCGACCGAAGUUCAUACAGCACAGAGAAAGAACGAAACGCAAAGGAUAGUGAUUCCGGUUGAAAGUUUAAAGCGUGCUAUUAUACUAGCCCACAGGACGAGGACAGCGGAAGCGGGUGCCACAUCAAGCCAGCAGAAGGGAAGUGCCCCUUCAUGGCGUCAUGUAGCACUAUUUGCUGAAGAAGAAGGGGGUUUAGAUUUGCAAGAACCGGCGUCAACGUUAUCGAGUACAUUAACUACGAAUUCGAAUGGUGAAGAAGACGUGGAAAUUGAUGAAACAAAGACGCGACCGCUUUUGUUUUGUCUAGAAGAUUCUAGAUCAUCCGUGGCUGGGCUUGCUCGAAGUAGCACUAGAGCAAGAAAAAUACUGACAUUUUUUCUUCGCGACCAUGUUGUUCGGAAAUUCAUUGAGUUCGAAGCAAGCAAGGAUAGUGCGGAGUUCAUAAGCAAGGGAGAUCCCAAGAACCGCCUCGACAUAUAUCAAGAGCCGGAUGAAGGCGUGAAUUCGAUGGUCUGGUUUCUCUACUCACUAGCUUUUAGGGUUUAUGGCUUUAAAAACUCCUUAUUUGUUAACCGGUCGCACAAGGUUGAGGUACUUCCGGGAUACUUCCAAAAAGGGAUGAGGUUAGAGGCGCUGGAUGAGCUUUUUGAUUCGCACGGUCGAGCUAAGUGGGUGCGGGCUAUCUGUGAAUUAAAGACGAUGACACCGCAGGAAGAAGCUGACUGUCGAGAGACUGCGCGCGACGUGGCUUCCUGCCUCACGAUGGAAGAGGUCGCGCAGCUGUUCAAGGCAAGUAAUGGCUCUUCAGAGCUUAGUUUUACGGUCGAAAUAUUAGAGGAAGAAUCCCCGGUGGAGGGUGCACAAGCUGAACAUGUAUGGGGACGGAUCGGACCCGGAUGUUGCGACUUUCCGAAGCUUGCACCGUUGCGGUACUGUCGUAAAUUCUUCUCGACUGAUGUCUGGCGUGCGCUCCCCUGCAACCGGCCCGAUUUUUCGUGGACAGCGGAGUCCACGAAGCCGCCUGCGUUCAUAGGAGACGGCGGAGGAAUUUUUGGAGGCUUUUUGAAUAAUCGCGAGUUGUGGCCCGGACGAGAAACAAAGGACCUAUAUCGCGGGAAUGUCUUGUGCAAUUUCAUAUUUGAGUUAGGGCUCUUCAUCUCAAUUGUUAUAUAAGAACGUCUAUGUAAUUGUGUGAUAUCGCUCCUUGGGCAACCAUGUAAGAUUGCAACAGGAGCAUUAACAUGACAUCUUGAACUCAAACGUCGCAACAACAUUUUUUUACUCAGAUGUAAGCAGAUACAAUGGAUCCUUGGGGAAUUUCAAAAAAAAGAAAGCCUCAUAAAGAAUUCAUAGAUGAGGUUGAGUUAUAUUUACAGCUGACUGUGUGCUCACUUUCCUUUCUGACAUUUUUUUAUUUGGCCUGAUGCAUGUACUUGAUACUUUUUUCUCCGAACAAGAUAGAAGUUCAAAUAAGUUCUUUCACUUUCUAAUGGUCCAUGCUCCUGCCAGCAUUAUCAUCCAGCUUCUGCGAGUGGGCUCACCGGAGGAUGUAGAAAGCGAGCAGAGCGCCGCAGACGGUCCUGCUGGGGACAUGAUCCUGCCGCCCGUGAUCCCAGAAGUGGCAAUAAAUGCAAAGCGGUCUUUCCAUUAUUUGUUUUCGAGAAAUCGUAACUCUCGAGGCGGCGAUGGCGCUGUUGUUAAGGUUCAGACUUCACUGGUCGUCACUUAAAUCAUGGGGAUCACUGACAUCAAAGAGGACCCCCCCGUGAGGGAACAGGGGAAUAACAAGGGAAAGGAAGGGGAGGGUUGCGCUCGGAUCAUCACGGGAGUCGCCUUUUCCAUUAUCAGAUGAGUUACUCCUGAGGAGUAAGUUCCGACCUCUAAUGUUGUAAUGAGAUGUCUUCUUCGACACCCGAACUUCAAUGGUAAUCUCUUUUCCUCUCUGCCACAGCUUUUCGCGACUUGGAUUCGAGAACUAUCAGACGCUGUCCUGCUCGAAAUUCUCCGGGGUGCCCCUCUAUCUUCGUCGCACCUCAACCGCAGCGUGUUUUUAUGCUGCCACCCAGACUAUAAGAUAAGUACUUAAUGAUCGCAGUCAGCAUUAUGCAUGAUGAAGAUGAAGAGAACUAUUUGAUCUUCUAAUGAUCAAUUGUAACAACGCAUCAGGAAGAACUGCCUCGUCCUACUGUGAUAGUGAGAGCAUCAACACGAAGAAGAAUCGCUUAGCCUGAAGAAUGGAGCCGAGCGCGAUGAAAAAACUUUGUUUGUAUAUUCACUUUUGAUAGUAGGGUUUCACUUCAGUACAUUUCUCAUUGUUACCCUGUCACUCAGUGACAAAAGUUUUGCAUUGUAUCCUUCCCUUUUACUCGGCGAGAUCAACGUACCUGCCGAGUACUACAUUUGAUUAGACAUCUAACAAGCCGUCUCUUAGAUAAAAACAGAUCGAAAUUUUUGAAAAAAAGACGACCGCUAAUGAAGAGGUCGGACGUCGAGAAAAAUGAGAAUGUCGUGACCUACGCCCUUCGCAAACGAUCGGAGACAGUCUGCAUGGAACUUCUUGGAAGAAGGAGCCUGCUUAAAUUGUGGAAGUUUCGUCAUGACAUGGGAGAGCUGAGUCCCCUCGCUGUCGCGGCACCUACCUACCUCGACCUUGCGCAAAAACAUCAGUCACGAGCCGUCGUGGAGCGGCUACUCGAGUGCAUGAAGGAGCAGCCACAAGCAGUGGAAGAAUUUCGCAAAGCUGGAAAAAAUAUAUUUGAGGAAGAUUUUCUGGACAAGAGCAUGUGUGCAUUUGAAGAGAAAGGCGACUGAAUAUCGACGACCGCAUUCCAAUAGAGGAAGUAGAGUAUGAGCAAAAUGAGCUUUGUACCAGACUAGAUUUGCGUCAACUUUGCUUCAUGUAACAUAGAAUAUG